UCGUCUACCGGGAAAAAUGGAGUGCGCCGGCAAGGGACGAGGAACUCGUUGUACGGGCCCGGCCAAACGACGCUGUGGUCGCUGCGGAGCCGUCGCUUAUUGUUCAGUCGAUCAUCAGGUUGAACAUUGGAAUGAUCAUAAAGACGAAUGCAAAAGGUUUGAACAACAAAUGGAAAGAGUAGAUGUCUUGAAUGAGUUUCCUUUCACAUUUUCCGAGGAGGCGACUAUACAGUUGUGUCAAAAGCAGGAGAGCAGGUGUUCAUUCUUGAACAAAAGGGCCAUCCACAAAGUUGGAAUGUGGUUCUACGAAUGUCCUUGUGGGGAAAGGGAACCUGCUACAUCUUUUAAUUACACAAGAUUAAAUGAUAGUUGGAUUCUACCUAAAAUUCUUUGUCCGUGUAGCGAGACGCUAUCUCCAAUAACAAAACAUUUACGCAGUUGGAAGGACUAUUAUGAUUGGAGAUGCAUUCCCCUUCACUCUCCUGUUGCUCUGCUUCUUCAUUGGCCACUUACAAUAAGGCAUGCUAUGCAAACCGCUGGUUUGGAGCCCAUGACUCCAGAAUUUGGUGACACAUUAUGCAUACACUAUCUAGGAAGAGGCCAGUGCCCUUCUUUAACUACAGGCACAAUAUGUGGAUUAAACAAACCAACUCUUAUUGAAAGAUUCUUACCCCUUCAAGUGACUGCAUUAACCAACAAACAAAAGAGGCCUGAGAAGGAGCUUCUACAGCUUCCUGUCUUUGCUGAGUUGCUUGCACUUUUCCCUGGGGUGACAUUACACAUAGCAUUUGUUGGGCCUAGCAUUCCCGAAGAAAUGAACAGUGAAACCAUUGACCUUUGCAGUUAUGCUAAGUGCCUUCAGAUGGAUUGCAUUUGCAAAGAUGUCGACAGGGAUGUAUAUUCUAAUAAACGUCCAAGGUUGACAUUGAAGCUUUGGAGAGGGCUUUACCAUGAUUGUUACAAAGACAUUACCAAAGAUUAUUAUCCUCAUUUAAUCAUUGCUCCAAAUGCUGGUAUUGCUGCCUAUCCCAGUUGGCUACCUACCAUUGAACUAAUUAAGGAGAUCAAUGUUCCGGCAAUAUUUUCUGAUUUCUGUGAAGAGGCUUGCCAUCUUGGAGCUUCUUGUUUGAGCAGUGUUAUAGGCCACUCCAUUCCUUUCCCGAUUCAAUUAAACCCAUUCCGGCAACCAAUAGCUAUGGAAGACACCGCUCUGUUUCUUCCUUGCUACUCCAACUGCUUCCUCUACGGUUUUUGAAUCUCCCAAAACCACCAGUUUUGCUCCAUCUUGCAGAGGUAAAUCAAGUGGUUGCUUGUUUAUUAAAGUUUGUCUUCAAUCGUCAAUACAUCUCCAAGGUCUUUGCCUAUAUAAUUAAUAAUAUAUUAGCAGCCAUGUGUUGUAUUGUAUGAUUGACAGUUUUUUGGAUUAAAUUUUUUAGUCCAAGAAUAGAUGCUUACGGACUUGAUCAAUAGUCAUGCCUUUAGGAAUGAGUGCCAUUUCUCCUUUAUUUUUAUUAUUUUUUAAUGUUGAACUAACGAACAGUAUAUAAUAUUACUAUAUAUAGCAUUUCUUUAAUAAUUGACCAUGUCGACUUGAAGCCAACUCUUGGGCGGUUUCGAGAAAUGCCCAUUCUU